AAACGGUCGUUCCUUUUGGGUCUGGCAAUCUAACCCAAAGCCAAAGCCCAUUUAAACCAAUCUAACGUUAAACGCCGAAAUUCAAAUUCAAACUUGGGUCUCUCCCUCCCUCUUUCCCUUUCCAUCACCACCAUGUCGUCCUCCACCGUCGCCGGCGCGGACACUCCCACUCCGUCAAAAACCCAGUCGAAGCGCAGGAGGAGCCACGCCGAUUUGACGUCCAGAUUCGAGGCCUACAACCGGCUCCAGGGCGCGGCCGUGGCCUUCGGCGAGACGCUGCCGAUCCCGGAGAUUGUGGCUGUCGGGGGCCAGUCCGACGGGAAGAGCUCCCUCCUGGAGGCGCUCCUCGGGUUCCGUUUCAACGUCCGCGAGGUCGAGAUGGGCACUCGUAGACCUCUUAUACUGCAAAUGGUCCACGAUGCUUCCGCUCUCGAACCCCGUUGCCGCUUCCAGGAGGAGGAUUCAGAAGAGUAUGGAAGUCCUGUGGUUUUGUCAUCUGCCAUUGCAGACAUUAUAAAGUCCCGAACUGAGGCACUUUUGAAGAAAACCAAGACAGCAGUUUCUCCUAAGCCAAUUGUAAUGAGAGCUGAGUAUGCACAUUGUCCUAACCUUACUAUUAUUGACACACCUGGGUUUGUUCUUAAGGCAAAGAAGGGUGAACCAGAUAACACGCCUGAUGAAAUCCUUUCUAUGGUGAAGUCCUUGGCUAGUCCUCCUCACCGCAUACUCUUGUUCCUCCAGCAAAGUAGUGUUGAGUGGUGCUCCUCAUUGUGGUUGGAUUCUAUUCGCGAAAUUGACCCAACAUUUAGACGGACAGUGAUUGUUGUCUCCAAAUUUGAUAACCGUCUCAAGGAAUUUAGUGACCGGUGGGAAGUGGAUCGCUAUUUGAGUGCGAGUGGUUACCUUGGAGAUAACACUCACCCCUUUUUUGUGGCCCUGCCAAAGGACAGGGGUAAUGUUUCAAAUGAUGAGUUCCGCAGGCAGAUUUCUCAGGUAGAUUCAGAGGUUCUUCAUCAUCUCCAAGAGGGUGUCAAGGGAGGUUUUGAUGAAGAAAAGUUCAAGUCCUAUAUUGGUUUUGGCCGUCUGAGAGAUUAUUUGGAGUCUGAGCUUCAGAAAAAAUACAAAGAAGCCGCCCCAGCAACCCUUGCUUUACUCGAGCAACGCUGCAGUGAAUUGACUUCUGAACUUGCUAGAAUGGAUUCAAAAAUACAGGCCACUUCAGAUGUUUCCCAUCUCAGGAAAUCUGCAAUGCUGCAUGCAGCUUCUAUCAGCAAUCAUGUGGGUGCAUUGAUUGAUGGUGCAGCAGAUCCUUCCCCUGAGCUGUGGGGGAAAACAACUGUAGAAGAGAGGUCACGAAGUGGUAUUGGGGUUUGGCCUGGUGUUACUGCUGAUGUAAAUCCCCCCAAUGCUACUCUUCGUCUUUAUGGGGGUGCUGCAUUUGAGAGGGUGAUGCAUGAGUUUCGCUGUGCUGCAUAUUCCAUAGAAUGCCCCUCAGUGUCAAGAGAGAAGGUUGCAAAUAUAUUACUUGCUCAUGCUGGCCGAGGUGGGGGAAGAGGAAUAACAGAGGCUGCUGCAGAGAUUGCACGAGCUGCUGCUAAAUCAUGGCUUGCUCCUCUUCUUGACACUGCUUGUGACCGGCUUUCUUUUGUCUUGGGAAGUUUAUUUGAUUUGGCUCUAGAAAGAAACUGCAGUCAUGAUUCAGAAUGUGGUAUUAAAGGAGAUGACAUGGAUGGCUAUGUAGGUUUCCAUGCUGCUUUAAGGUGUGCUUAUAAUCGCUUCAUAGGGGAUCUUGCUAAGAAGUGCAAGCAACUUGUUAGGCACCACCUUGAUUCAGUUACUAGUCCAUACUCACAGGUUUGCUAUUUUAAUGACUUUCAACCAUGUUCUGGCCCAAAUGCACUCUCUUAUAGCAAAGUCCUUGAGUUGAGUGAUACUAGUUCAGCUUCCCGUGAUGUAAGGAGGGAUCAGGAAAAUAUACCUCCCGAAAAAAAUGCUCAAGAAACCACACCAGGUAAAACAGGAGAAACCAGAGAUGUUUUGAGAGAAAGUCACAUAACUAUCCCUGAGACCCCAUCUCCAGAUCAGCCAGGUGAUGCAGCAUUUGGGGUGGUUAAAAAGGAGCCUGGAAUUUGCAAUGACAUGGGGCCAAGAAAGAGAGCGUCCAGAAUGGGUGGGAAUAGCAAAAAUUCUGACAAUGUUAGACUGCAAAAUGGUGUCAUUUUAUUUGGAAAUGGGGAGAGAUCAGGUUCACCUUACUCAGAUAUCUGUGUUUCAGCUGCCCAGCAUUUUGCACGUAUUCGUGGAGUUCUUGUUGAGAGAGGCGUGACAUCAACAUUAAAUUCUGGAUUCCUAACCCCUUGCCGAGAUCGGCUAUUCGUGGCUCUUGGCUUAGAUUUAUUUGCUGUGAACGAUGAGAAAUUCAUGGACAUGUUUGUUGCUCCGGGUGCCAUAGAUGUGCUAGAAAGUGAACGAGAGUCUCUCUCAAAGCGUCAGAAGAUACUCCAGUCUUGCUUGAAUGAGUUUAAAAACGUUGCUCGGGCACUAUGAUCAGAGUUAUUACUAGCUUUCCAACCAGCCAAGAUUUUUUGGCUAUGCUUUCGGCAAUUUAUAAUGCCAGUGAAUUACUGUGCCUCAGUUCUUGCUUAACCAAUUAGACAGUGACAUGAUACCAACAUAUUUUAGAGAGCCCCCCGUACCUCUGUAUUUUAUUGUAUACCAAGUGCUGUGGAGCCCCUCCCUAAUUUGGUAUUACGCCCCUUUAAUGAAUGGAACUUGGGCAAAGCCACUCUUUGCCUGCUUGUGGGAAGCAUUUAUGCAACCGUGUGAGAUUUUGACUUAAAAUUGUAUUUGAAUAAAUUUCUUAAAUAGUACUUGUAUGAGGAAAAGAUUAAGGUAAAA